GGGCAGGAGGGAGCGAACCACAAUUGCCAGUCAGUGAACCAAGAAAUCCCGUCUAAGCACCGUUUUGACAGCCCCACGACUGCGCACUCCUGUGUCUGCUGCUGCGCGCUUGUCUUGCUGGCAGCGUGGGCUGUUUUGUUCUCUGCUGUCCGUGGCAACCAGCCAGGUACCUACUACCUAGAGGUAGCCAUGAACGAGGCUCUCUAGAGCAGCUUGCAUCAUGACCACCCCCGACGACCCUGCUGGCUUGUCUGGCGACGGCGCACCAGACGCUGCCACAACCCACACAUCACCUGCGUCUACCUCGGCACUCACAGCACCAAUAUCGCCUCCCGAGCAUGCAAGUACAGAUGGGGAUGGGAUAGUACCAGCAGCAGCGGACACCGACUCUUCGGUAGCGUCCGGGCACGGGUCCGGGCACGAGUCCAGGCCGAGAGAAGCAGUAACGCCUCAGCCAAGCCACCCAAACGACACCGCGUCAGACGGCCUGUCGCCCACCCGCCCGGCAUACAUGCAGCAGUUCACCCUGACGACCCAGCUGAUUCUGAAUCGCAUGCGGGGCGGCGAGGGCGGCGGCCUGAGCUCCGCCCUCGCCUCCGCCGCCGCCAACACCCCGAGGGCCGCCAUCCUCUCCCCCACCUACGAGGACGUCCGGCGGCGCCUCCUCGACGGCAUGAGCACUUCCACCAUGCAGAUGCCGAGCACCGUGGCCACCGCCCCUGUCGCGCUGCCCCCAUCGGCCGCCCCCGCCACGCCCGCCCCGCCGCGUCCGGCCGGCCUCAGCGCCAUCCAGAAGGUCAACGCGGGCGGCGCCCUGUCCGCCACCAAGCCUCGGAAGACGGCGGGUGCGGGUGCGGGCACUCCGGGCAGGAAGCCGCGGGCCUCCACCGGAGGCGCAGGCAGGGGCGGGGCCCGGGUCGGCCAGAAGCGUAAGCGCGCGACCAAGAGCGAGGGCGCCGGGGUCGACGAUAGCAGCUCCCUGUCGGACCUCUCGGGCCUCUCGGACGCGGAGGGUUCCGGCGCGGCCGCGGCGGCUGGAACCGCAUCGGCGUCGGCAUCGGCCAGCAGCACGCCGCUAACGACGACCAAGUCCGGGCGGCAGGUCCAGAGGCCCGAGACGUACAACCCCGUCGCCAUGGAGCUGGCGUCCGGGUCCGGCCACAAAAGGCGGCGGGACACGCACCACAGCAGCAGCGGCGGCAAGCAGCCCCGGACGGCCGAGCAGGCGCUGUGCCGGCUGUGCUCGCGCCUGGCCUUUACAAAGGCGAACCAGAUGGUGUUCUGCGACGGCUGCAACGACGCGUGGCACCAGGGCUGCCACGAGCCGCGCAUAGACGACUCGUUCGUCAGCGACGCCAAGAAGCAGUGGCACUGCUCCGCCUGCACAGCCAAGCAGGACCGCCGCGAGGCCGCCCAGCAGGCAAAGAGGAUCAAGGUGGUGCCCGUCGAGCCGGCAAAGUCGAAAGUCAGCUGGGCCGGGCGGACGCCAGGACAGAUACGCGCCUACCUCACCACCCUGCCGCACACCGAGCUCGUCGAGAUGGUGAUGCGCUGCACGAGCAUUUACCCGCACCUGGCCAUCUUCCCGCCCGACGACGACGGCGCGGGUCCCAAGACGCCCGUCGUCAACUCCAACGGCAACACCGCCAACACGCCCUCGGCGGCAACAGCCCCGACGACGCCAGCAGCGCCGGCCGGCCGCCAGAUGCCGGCCGUCAACGACGGCACCUGGGAGGACCCCGCCGGCAUACUCGAGGCGUGGAAGCGCCCGAGGCCCGGCGCCGGCCCGCCGACGGCGCUGGCCGCGCGGCUGCAGACCUUCGAGGCCGGCCCGGGCGCCCACCUCGAGGACCCGGACGACUUUGCGUCCUUUAGCCACUCGGUCUACGACGGCCGCGGCAGCAGGGCUGAGGAGGCGGGCAUCCGCGUUUGAGACGGGUGGUAGUGCGCUGGGCGGCGCUGUGUAACAUCAACAUGGGAUUUUUUUUUAAUAAAAAACCCCCCGAAAAAAAGAACGAAAAAUAGAUGGUGCUGUCUCGUUGACUUGACCGGCUGAACAAGGGAGUUGAGGCUCGUUUUCUUUCUUCUCUACCACUAGUACCAGAUAUCAUGUUAAUCAGCGAUACAUGUGGUUACUACUCUCGAUCAUGGAUAAAACAAAGCACAACAUCCGUCAGCACAGACGUGCCCAAAUAUGGCCCAGG